AACAAAGUAAAAAAUCAGGCCCCAACACCUCACCCAACUCACGUGACGUGCCAAUCUCCGACCCGCAGGCCCAGUCAGUUCCAGCCGCUCAUUGUUCUCUCCGCCCAAAUUCUUCACCCAUAGCCAGUUAGCCUCGCCAUCCAACCCAAAUUCCCUCCAUAAUCUGUCCCUUCUCUCACAUUCCCUCACUCCACUCUCUCUGUGACACAGCAAUGGCAGCUUCUCUCACAAUCUCCAGGCUGCUCCCAUCCCCAUCCUCUCUUUGUAUUUCCUCAGCCGCCGCCACCUCCUCUCUCCUCCUUCCAAAGGCCUUCUCUUCGAGGAGGAUCUCCUUCACUUCCCUCCCGCUCACUCGUCGCCAUCUCCCCAAACCCCUCAGACUCUCAACCGCCAGGUCCACCAUCUCCGCUACCAUCGCCGUGGGCGAUAAGCUCCCGGAUUCCACUCUAUCCUACCUCGACGCCGAUGGUGAGGUCCAGACCGUCACGGUUUCCGAACUUACCAAGUCGAAGAAGGCCGUCUUAUUCGCUGUUCCCGGCGCUUUUACCCCGACCUGCUCGCAGAAGCAUCUUCCGGGAUUCGUGGAGAAGUCAGCGGAGCUUAAAUCCAAAGGAGUCGACACCAUAGCUUGCAUUUCGGUGAACGACGCCUUCGUCAUGAAGGCGUGGAAGGAGAACCUGAAGAUCAACGACGAGGUGCUGUUGUUGUCCGAUGGGAACGGGGACUUCACGAGGGCUAUUGGGUGCGAGCUCGAUUUGAGGGAUAAGCCCGUGGGUCUGGGAGUGAGAUCCAGGCGCUACGCGCUUCUAGCCGAAGAUGGGGUUGUCAAGCUGUUGAAUUUGGAAGAAGGCGGUGCCUUUACGUUCAGUGGCGCUGAGGAUAUCCUCAAAGUGCUGUGAUAAGCUUUUUGUUUUUGCUUUUGUUUGUUUUUUUUUUUUUAAUUUGUUUUUCCGCAAUGUUUACUCGUUCUGUUUUAUGAGUUAGAGGAUCGGUGUUCUGUUAUAGCUCAUUAGAUGGCCUGUUAUUAUUUUCAAUAAAAAUGGAUGGGAUGUUAUCAA